AUGCCAAGGGCAAUUCAAAAGUUCGUGCGCAAUCUCCGUAAAACCCUACGUCGCAAACGUCGGAACCUGCUAGGCGGCUCAUCUACCUCGGAUUUGAGGCUACCACGCAACGAGAAGCUACCGUUUGAGAUUCUCGGAAAGAUUAUGCAGAUUUUAGGGACGAUGUCCUGGAUGCAUGCGGCAGAUGGUCACCCAACUCUCUGGUCAACCAUAGUGAUACGAAUGGGAUCACAUAGAGUCACAUUCUGGCUCCAAUAUGUCCGAACUCGCCUUCGGCGCUCUGGUGCCGCACCUUUUCUGGAAAUCAGCUUGCUAGACAGCGCAGACAGACCGUGGUGGCCCCUAUUUCCGGAUAGAGGAUACUACUACAGCGUAUUCUGUGAGAUGCUUGACGUUUUGGUUGGUGAAGAGGGCGAAGUUGCCGCUCGAUGGAAGCGAUUUACAUAUCAUGGCUUGUCAAUACCAGAGCAAACUCCGGAAUGGUUGGGGGAGAAUAUCGAGCACCUCCUAUCAUUUAGCACACCUCAUCUUGAGCUGGUGGAAAUUGUGGAUCUCCAAUCAAGCUCGCCCAAACCACUUCUCCCUUGGACACCAUCCCUUAAAUCAUUGACAUGGCGCAACAACGAUCUACACGCCCUCCGUGGUCUUUCAAUGAAUAGACCACUUCUUCUAAAAUGGGUGAAUCUAAGCAUGGGGAGCAGGAUCUCACCAUUGCUUUACGAACUUCCCCAGGCGCAGAAUUUGGUGCUGCUAGCGAUCGUCGGAUAUGUUCCCUGGGAGUUCCCUGAAGGGUCGACAUUUCCCAUGUUGCUUCAUCUCCUGAUAGCAGGGUCCAGCUUUAACGAUCGAGUAAUGCAACACUUUUCUGCGCCGAAUAUCCAGACCCUGGCGCUCUGUGUACCUCCUAAUGAAAUGGUCAUAGUGCUCGAAAGAUCCAAUCUCUCUCUAGCAAAGCUUCGCCAACUCGAUUUGAAGACAAUAUCAGAGCCAGCCGAAGGACUCCCUCCAACUCCGGAUAUUUAUGCGAUUGCGCCUAACCUCCAGAGGCUUGGGGUCGAACGUGAUUCGAGAUUUCUGUUCAGGAUUAUGGCGCUCGCCAGGGAGCGGUAUGCAGAACGAUUGGCUAUAGUGGCUCGCGGUUGA